AGCUUGCAACUAGGUUUUAAAAGAUCUGCCCACUUGCAACGUUCAUUUGGCUUGUAGCUCGAUCGAAGUAUUCAAAAAGUAGCUGGGUAGCCAUGCUAACGUUAGCUAAAAUGUAUAGUCUAUGCAACGGUAAUGCUAGUUAGUUAGUCACGUUUGCUAACUGGAAGUAGCUACUUAAUUAUGGCAGUAACGGCGUGCUGUUGCUCGCUAGUCUGAGUCUGAAUCAAAACGGAAAAGAAAUAACGCUUGUAACUACCAAUAAACAUGCAGCUAUCCGUAGUUCACUUAUAUGGCUUGAUGCAUACUUAACUAAAAAGCUUUGUGGUUUGCUAUUGCUUUGCCAGGCUUCUCUUUAUGUGGUUAACGUUAGCCAUGGUACAUUGAGAACGCCUACCAGUUAUCUUGAGCACGCUUGCUUACUAGCUAGUCUAGAUGGAUCAUGCGAAUGAGUGGGCCGGUGCUAACAUGUUAAUAUUAGCUAUGUGUAUGUAAAUAAAAAUAUAAUGUGUUGGUUAACUAGCUUUCUCGGUAACGAUAGCGUGUUGACGCAAGCACGUUUUGCCCGGAAAUGGUGGCUAGAUGGCUAGCUAGCCAACAAACAUGAAGUAGCUUUUUAUUAGCUGUAGAGUGCAAACGAAACCUCAUUUGAAUUCACUGUGCAGAAAGCAAGUCUGUGAAAAUAAAUAAUAAUUAAAGCAUGUAAUAAGAAGCUAGGUUUUAUUUUGUCGGGCGAAUGGCAAACGCCAACUAGCUACGUAGACCUAAUAAUACUUUGUCAGUUGAGGAAUAUUAGCGUUCGUUGUGCUAGUAGGACACCUAGCUUCCGAAUAAUUGUAUUCGUUACCUCUGCCCCUCCUAAAUACGAUUGACAGGUGACAAGAGGGAGUACACCAAUGUAAUUGGUUUUACGAUGGCACCAUCCUUUAGCGUAUUGGACACGCGUAUUGUCAUUUAAGGAACAAGAACAGUUUCUGAGGCAGUACGGGGACGCAAUCAAGCCAACUUGUCCCGGCGUUGAAUUUGCUCACGUCCUUAAAAAUUCUUACUUGGAGCCAUGGUAACAUAUCGCUAGCUGAAGUGGUUGAAAUUGAACGGUCAUCGUAUUUUUCAUUUAGCUCCUUGGAGUUUUACAGACGUUCACAGCUGGAUUUGGGAAAGGUUCCAGUCUCUUAGACGUCACCUUGAUGUACAGAAUGCCCACUGACUCUGUGCUGUGAGACGAACGCAGCUGAAUGGCUGGUAACACACACAUGCAUAUUACCAAUGAAGACACUGAAGAUGCCAGUGAGACAGAUCUGGCAAAACACGAUGAGGAUGAUUACGUUGAAAUCAAAGAACAGAUGUACCAAGACAAAUUGGCAUCGCUGAAGCGCCAAUUGCUGCAACUUCAAGAAGGUGGUACACUGCAGGAGUAUCAGAAGAGAAUGAAGAAGUUAGACCAGCAGUACAGAGAGAGGCUGCGCAAUGCAGAUCUUUUCCUGCAACUUGAGACGGAGCAGGUGGAGAGAAACUACAUCAAAGAGAAGAAGGCGGCGGUGAAGGAGUUUGACGAUAAGAAGGUUGAGCUGAAGGAAAACUUAAUUGCCGAGCUGGAGGAGAAGAAGAAGAUGAUAGAGAACGAAAAAUUAACAAUGGAACUGACAGGCGAUUCCAUGGAGGUAAAACCCAUCAUGACGCGGAAGCUGAGAAGGCGGCCGAACGAUCCCGUCCCCAUCCCGGACAAACGGAGGAAACCCGCGCCUGCUCAGCUAAACUAUUUGCUAACAGACGAACAGAUAAUGGAAGACCUACGGACACUGAACAAGCUCAAGUCACCCAAACGUCCAGCUUCGCCGUCGUCUCCAGAACACCUUCCCACCACGCCCUUGGAAGCGCCGACGCAGCGGUACGAGGCGCGCAUCGAGGAGGGGAAGCUCUACUACGACAAACGAUGGUACCACAAGAGCCAGGCCAUUUAUCUGGAGUCCAAGGAGAACACCAAGAUCAGCUGCGUCAUCAGCUCCGUGGGAACAAACGAGAUCUGGGUGAGGAAGACGAGCGACAGCACGAAGAUGAGGAUUUAUUUGGGACAGCUACAGCGGGGCGCGUUCGUGAUCCGACGUAGAUCGGCGGCGUAGAGGUCACCCCCUCCCCCCCCCCCCCUUUCAUCGCUAGCAUCAUGUGACCAUCAUCCCCGCUGCAUCGCCCAAGGACCUUCUGGUGCGGAGAAGCCACCAUCUGACCCUGUCGGCAGGGAGAUAAGCAGAGGUCAAGACUUCACGCAGGCGAAAAAAAGAACAUUCUUCCUGACUUAUUUUUCCUUCUAGCGUAAAAAAAACUGCAGCCAUAGAAAACUUGAUUUUUAACUUUUUUUUUUUUUUCUUUGUUUCCUUUUUAAUUUUAUUCCUUCCUUGGUCACUAGGUGAUCUGGUGUGGAUUUUCUUUGGCUACACCGUUCAUAUGCCCACGACAGACCUGGGUCAAAUACCGUUUGUGUUUUGGAUUCAAAUGCCUUUCUACGCUUUAAUGAUCUUGUCUGGUGUUUUGGAACCGACGCAAACAGUGCAAAACCCGCCUUCUGGUCAUAUUGGCAGGCUCAGUUACACCAGACAAGAUCAAUAGAGCACCGAAAAGUAUUUGAAUAUUUGAAUCCAAAAGAAAAAUACGCAAUUGACCCAGGUCUGGCCCACGAUAUGCAAUACGCUUUCUCCUCGAUUUAUGAAUUCAGAGGAGUCCCUAUGUCAUAUCCUCUUCUGCUAUUCGUGGAAAUCAUGUUCCCAUCUUCGCAUUCGAGCCUGUCGGAGCGUCACCAUUGGAUGAGAGGUAAAGUUAGGAAGCUUUAACAUUUGUGUUGUCUCCUGUUUGUAUCUCGUAUUGUGUUACCCCUUUUUCUCCACCCCUCCCAUACCCUGUAUUUUAACCACCCCCCCCCCCCUUUUUUUGGUCUUUGAUAUUGAUGGAAAAAGAGCAUAUACCAUAUAACCGUUUUGAAUUUUGCUUUUUAAAGGUUUUACUUUUUGUAUGUGUAUAAAAAAUAAAAAUAAACUGCAUAGCACCAAAUCGA